AUGGCCAUUGUUGGCCCGGACUAUAAAUUUAUAUGUGUUGAUAUUGGUGGUUUCGGAAAAAAUAGUGAUGGGGGUAUUUUCGAAACCUCAAACAUGGGAAAACGAUUUGAACAAAAUUUAAUGAGUGUCCCUGCACCUAGAUUUCUCCCUGGGCAAAAUGAAAUCUGCUCGUACGUCUUAAUUGGUGAUGAAGCAUUUGCUUUAAAACCAUACCUUAUGAGACCAUUUCCUUAUAAGCAGACUUUAACAGACGUCAGAAAAGAGAAAUACAAUUUAAGACUUUGUCGAGCUAGAAGGGUCGUGGAAAAUGCGUUUGGUAUUUUGUCUCAAAAAUGGCGAAUAUUUUACAGGCCAUUAGAAACUAAAGUAGAUACUACUAUUCUAAUUGUACGUACGGCAUGUAUUUUACACAAUUUUUACGAAGUAAAAGUGGCGAUGACAAAUAUUUUCAAUUCUUAG